AUGACGUCGACGUCCGUUCUAGAAAGGUCCCUCGCGGUCGUUCUUACUAGCGCUAAGGGCGGCCUUAAUGUCCUCUACUAUAACUUCCCUAGUACGCCCGGCCUAGAAUUUAUUAAUAAAGAAUAA